GGCGGCAAAUGAGUGGCUGGAGCUGAACCGAAGCCGGGCCGAGACCUGGGGAGAUGGUGAUGCUGAGGAGCGGGUCUGUCCGCUUGGACUGCAGCUCGGAAUUCAUCUCCCUGCCCAAGAGCGGCGGCCCCACCCCGUGCGGCAAGAGAAGCCGACAGGAGAGAAGUAUACAAAGUAUCGGUGGUAAUAUGAGUAGGAGGAGGAAGAGUAUGGAGAGACAAGUUGACACCUCUUUGGAUUCAAGCUACAAUGAAAAGAGCAUAGAAGAGACAACAGAAGAUGGGAUGGAAGGAAGACAUUUUACCAGGCAAUCACUCCGACUAAAAACCAGCAACAAGCCUAAUGAUAAACCAGAGAACACGAAUAUGAAUUCAAUUACCAGAUCUCUUAGGAGUAGUAGAUCUGAAAUCGAAGUAGAUGAAACAGUGCAUGGAGAAGGAGCUGAUACGGAAGUCAGGCGUAGUUGCAGACUCCGAAGAAACCGUUAUAACACACUAAACCAAUCUGCUUUUGACAAACUAAUUACAAACACUGCAGAAGCGGUUUUGCAGAAAAUGGAUCAUAUGAAGAAACUACGACGCCAGAGAAUGAGAGAGUUAGAGAAUUUAAGAAUUUUAAAUGAUACUGAAGAGGAAGAAGAAGAGGAAGAAGAAGAGGAAGAAGGAAAUCUAGAUAUGUAUUCUUGUGUGAAAAAGAGGGCAGUAGAGACGAUCGAUGAAGAAACCACUGAAGAUCAUGAAGAUGGGAGUGCUGAGUCAUCUGAGGAAGAAGCUGAAGAUAGAGAGGAGGAGGAGGAUGAAGAUGGUGAGGAAGAUACUCAAAAACGUUACUACUUGCGUCAGAGGAAAGCUGUUGUGCAAUAUCAGGCACCAUGCGAAGAACCUCAAAGAAAACGAAGAAUGUUUUACAGUGUUCCUGCUUCUCCAGUAAGACGGAGAUUUCAUUAUGGCACCUCUGGUCCUCGCAGUCCUUACUGCAAGAGAAAAAUUAAUAGACGGAGACAUGCCAUACAUAGCAGUGAUUCCACUUCUUCCUCCUCCUCCUCCUCCUCUGCCUCGUCAUCUUCUGAUGAUGAGGAACGCUUUGAGAGACGAAGGAAUAAAAGUAGGAACCGAUCAUUAUUGAGAUGUCUUCCACUGAAUUUGAGGAAAGAUGACUUGAAAGGAAUUCACAAGGAUCGUAUGAAAAUAGGUGCUAGCCUGGCAGAUGUAGAUCCAAUGCAGAUUGACACUUCUGUCCGUUUUGAUAGAGUGGGUGGACUUUCAAGUCACAUCGCUGCAUUGAAGGAGAUGGUUGUUUUUCCAUUACUUUACCCUGAGGUGUUUGAAAGGUUUAAAAUUCAACCUCCAAGGGGUUGCUUAUUCUAUGGUCCUCCUGGUACUGGAAAGACUCUUGUUGCCAGAGCACUAGCCAAUGAGUGCAGCCAAGGAGAUCGGAGAGUUUCUUUUUUCAUGCGAAAAGGUGCAGAUUGCCUUAGUAAAUGGGUAGGAGAGUCUGAAAGACAAUUAAGGCUGCUUUUUGAUCAGGCCUACCUAAUGCGUCCUUCAAUUAUUUUCUUUGAUGAAGUAGAUGGUUUGGCUCCUGUCCGUUCCAGUCGGCAAGAUCAGAUACAUAGUUCUAUAGUGUCUACUUUACUAGCCCUGAUGGAUGGAUUGGAUAGCAGAGGUGAGAUCGUGGUGAUAGGGGCAACGAACAGACUGGAUUCCAUAGAUCCUGCUUUAAGGCGGCCUGGGCGUUUUGACAGGGAAUUUCUUUUUGGCCUGCCAGACAAAGAUGCUCGCAAAGACAUCCUGAAAAUUCACACAAGGGAUUGGAACCCCAAACCAUCAGAUACAUUUCUUGAUGAACUGGGAGAAAAGUGUGUGGGUUAUUGUGGUGCUGACAUUAAAUCUGUCUGUACUGAAGCAGCCCUGUGUGCCUUGCGUCGCCGUUAUCCCCAGAUCUACACCACUAAUGAGAAAUUGCAACUUGAUAUAUCCUCUAUUAACAUCAGUGCUAAAGACUUUGUAAUGGCCAUGCAGAAGAUUGUGCCAGCUUCUCAGCGGGCGGUAUCCUCGCCUGGACAAGCGCUAUCGUUUGUUGUCAGACCACUUUUUGACAAGACCUUUUAUAAAAUACUUGAAGCCUUGAAGAAAGUUUUCCCACAUGCAGAGCAAGGUUUAAAAAAGAGCUGUGAGAUUGGUAAAGCAAGUCUUGUAAUAGAAGAUAUGUACAGUGAUGAUGAAGAACCAUCAGUAUUUGAAAAUGGGCCUCUUAAGAAAUCAGCUAGUAAGCAGGGAGGCAAAGGAUCUUUCCUCUGUUUUAGUAGGCGUGCCUAUCAUGAGCCAACAUCCUAUCGACCACGGUUAUUACUGUCUGGAAAACCAGGUUCAGGUCAGAGUUCACACCUUGCUCCAGCACUGCUUCACACCUUGGAAAAAUUUACCGUUCACACAUUUGAUCUUCCAGUCCUGUAUGGUGUUAGUGCUACAUCACCUGAAGAAACCUGUGCACAGCUUUUCCGAGAAGCAAGAAGGACAGCCCCGAGUAUACUCUACAUCCCUCACGUUCAUCAUUGGUGGGAUUCGAUUGGAGACACCCUGAGAGCUACGUUCAUUACAUUACUUCAGGACAUUCCCUCAUUUACCCCAAUCUUGCUGCUGGCGACAUGCGACAUCCCACACAUUGAACUGCCAGAUGAGGUGAAAGAGAUGUUUCUUUGUCAUUACGGAGAAGUUUUCAAUGUCCAGCUUCCCGGCAGUGAAGAAAGAAAGAAAUUCUUUGAAGAUCUUAUAUUAAGACAGGCUGCCAAGCCCCCAUCAUCAAAAAGAAAAGCCAUGUUUCAGGCAUUGGAAGUCCUUCCAGUAGCACCACCUCCCGAACCACGACGUCUCUCCGAGGAGGAGCUAAAGCGGCUUGAAGGGGAAGAAGAAGGCACUCUUCGAGAGUUAAGGCUUUUCUUGCGUGAUGUGACUCUCCGACUGGCAAAUGAUAAACGCUUCAGAGCCUUCAUGAAGCCUGUAGAUCUUGAGGAGGUUCCAGAUUACUGCACUGUCAUCGGACAACCAAUGGACCUUUCUACUGUGAUGUCAAACAUUGACCUUCACAAAUAUAUGACAGUGAAAGAAUAUCUUCAAGACGUAGAAUUAAUCUGCAAUAAUGCUUUGGAGUACAAUCCUGAUCGAGAUCCUGGAGACCGUCUGAUCAGACACAGAGCUUGUGCUCUAAAAGACGCUGCCAAUGCUAUUGUAAAAUCAGAACUUGAUGAAGAAUUUGAAAAAGUGUGCGAAGAAAUUGUGGAAUCUCGAAAGAACAGAGGUUGCUAUUCUUCAAAAUUUGCACCCACAUUUUAUCACGUUUUACCAAAGAAUUCUGCAGCAGAGGUUUCUCAAUGCGAAAGAAUGGAAGCAAUAUCAGCACCAAUUGAUGCAAGCACACCUUCAGUUUCUUUAGGCUAUUCAAAGAAAAAGUAUCGGAGAACCAGGCGAUGGGAUCGUGGCAUCAUAUUCAAGCGCAAAAAACCUCCACAGAGGGUCAUAUACGAGGAAGAUGAUAGCGAAGAGGCCAGUAACGGGGUAGAAAAGUGCAAUGAUUCAAGUCUCGAUCAGACUGAAUUAGACUACAAUGGUGAUUCUUCCAUAGAAACUGAGCAAGAACAGCUUCUCAAUAGCGAACCAAAUGAUGUAAAGCACAGGCUGGCUGAGGAAGUGGAGCCUGUGCAAACUGAUGUGAUAAUGGAAGCACAGACUGAUAAUGCACUGAUGGAUGCAGGUGAAAUUGUGGGCAAGAAGACCAUUUCUCCUGAUCAAGCAAAAAAAGAAGAAAGUGAACUGGACAAACUUUCAAUUUUGCGGAUGACCCGCAACAGACGUGACCAAGUGGAACAACACAUUCAUGUUGAGAAAGCAAUGGAGAUCUUAUCUGAACCUACCCCACCUUUAAUUAUAGACCAUGAGAGGCUAAAGAGUAUUUUGAAAUUGGUUAUUGAGAAAAGUAAGCAAUUCAAUAUAAUUCAACUUGAAAAGCUGUAUGCAAUUCUCAGUCAGUGCAUCUAUUGUCAUCGCAAGGCAUUUGACAAGACCAUGUUAGUACAGGAAAUGGCGAGAGAAGUGGACAAGUUCAAUCCAUCUUGAAGCUUUAGGUUGACGUGUAUACUUGCAAAUAGUUUUUUCUCAGGCUUCACGUUAGUUUUUUUCCAAGCACUUUGUUUGGGAGUGUUUUGGGUUUCUAAAGUUUGCUUGUUGAAACAAAUGUAAAAUUAGCUUGUCCAGUAUUGCAGAAUUUUUUGUUGAUCAAUACCAAUAUUUUUUGAUCAAAUAUUGUAAAUAUUACAGAAGAUGAAAACUUUUGUAACGUUAGUUUGAUAACUGCAAUAUUUUUGUAAUUGUAGAAAGAUUAAAAUAAGUUUUUAGAGGUAAACCAUACAUCCUCAUCAUUCUGAAGUAAUAGAUAUAAAAGUUCCUUUAAUUAAUAUAAGAAAGAGACAUGUCGAUUGGCAGUUUUCUUUAUUGUUGCUUUAUGAAUGUAAAUGCAUACCUGCCUGAUCAGACAUUUGUCCGGUGUUAAGUGCAGGGAGGCUUUAAUUUGUGGCCAAAAUUUGAACAAAUGGUUUUGUCUACUGAAGUUAUUUAUCUGUCAGUGGUCGCACCUAACAAGGUUUUGUCUUAAAACACAUUUUUACAAUCCAAAUGUAAGUUUCCAACAUGUUACUGCGCCAGCCUUUUCAUAUAACUUUGUGGCAGAUCAAAGUCUGUAACUGCUUUUUUAAAAAAAAAUGUUUGACAAAAUAACUUGUUAAAAGUAAAGAACCUUAUUGAAAGUAUUCAGCAGACCUUUUUAAUUAAAGUUUGCUUAAAGUCUGAUAAAGGCUUGGUUUUAUUAUGAAACAUUGAAUACUACUAAAACUUGCUUUGCCAUCAAAAGACAGGAAAAAAGUAAUUAUUUAACUGUGGACUACAGCAUUCUGCAUCAUUUCCACUGCUGUCUAAGAAUAAAUACGUUCUCAGCAAUUGUUUAAAAAAUAGUUUGUGUGCUGAGUUAUGUUACUUGUACAUUGUUACCAGCACACAUUUGUGGGGGGGUUGUAUGCAAAGUAUUUCUAUUAAUCUGUUAGGAUUCUUUGCUACAGGUUGCAUCCAAUAUGUAAAUGUCUGCCAUCUCCAGAAUGUGUGAACAAGGACUUGUAGCUAGUCUGAAACCAAAUAGUUUCUUAGAAUUAUUUGGAAGGUUUAAAACAAACCUUUCUGUAACAUGAAGAAAUUGGAGACUGUUGGGGAAAGAAUUAUAUCCAGUGCAUUAUUUUUUAAAAAAAAAGAGAAUGCACCAUAGUAAGUUACUUAAGUUCUCCUUUGCAGGUGUAUUGAGUAUAGCAAGCACACUGCAGUGUUUGAUGCAUGUAAAGCAUCCUAUCAUUCCUCUAAAAGAUGUUGGCAAGAGGAUGGAAUUGUCUGUUUCAGCUUUCUCCAAAGAUAGCAAUGCUGCUCUUAUAGCUAACAAGUUAUGUUUUGUUUUUUGCCUGCCUGAAUCCAUGUUUACUCUUCCUUAUUGUCUCUUCCCCCCCAAUGCUGCAAGUUGGAACUCAGUUGUGUUUGUUCUCAUAGCCAUUUAAGAAUCGCAUGUGGGUAGUCAGUUGAAGCUGGAAUAUGGCUCUGAUACUCACAUUCCACCUACAGAAGUACCCCCAAAUAUUAAUACACUACAAUUUCAAACAAAUGUGUUGCUGUUUCAAUCAAUGUUUUACCGCCAUAAAUAUGCCAACCUGAUUGAAGCAUAAUCUAAUUAAUUGGUUGAAGUAUCAUUCUGGAAUCAGAGUAACCAUUUAGAACUAUAAGCAUCUCUUCAGGACAAAGUGCUCCGUAAAACCUCCCUGUCAAAUUGAAUAUGAUCCUGUUGAGGCAGUGCAAGUCACUUGAUCAAAUGCAGAGUAGGGACCAGUAACUGCUACCAAUUACAUUUUUUUUGAAGAGUAUUGCAUAGAAAGCCUUUUGUAGAAGCUAUUAAGUGUCUACAUUGCAUUAACAUGCUUUUUUUCUAUUUUGUACUGUUAAAUAGUUGUAACUAUAUUUGCAUUCAAUUAAAUUGUU